CGAACCGCCCGGGCGAGAUGUGCACAGUCACCGCAGGGGAGAGGACAGGAGACUUCCCCUGAGACUUAAAAGAAGUAUCUCUCAAGAACAACUGUAAGCAGAUCCGCGAUGAUGCAAGGACCUCAACCUGCCACAGCACCUGGAGUCCCCUUUGGCUCCCCUCAGCACGUCCCUGGGCCUUACCAAGGUGCAGGGAACUAUGGCUUCCAAGCACAGCCCAUGGGAUUCCCAGGCGGACCUGCUUUUCCACCUGUCCAGAACCAGCCCGUCAUGCAGGGGGGGGCAAUUUGGAUGCCUAUCCCUCCUUCUAUUCCCAACUGCCCUCCCGGACUGGAAUACCUCACACAGAUUGACCAGAUAUUAAUUCAUCAGCAAACUGAACUACUUGAGAUUUUGACUGGCUUUGAAACACAGAACAAAUAUGAGCUCAAGAAUGCACUGGGGCAAAGGGUGUACUUUGCAGCAGAGGACACUGACUGCCUCACCAGGAAUUGCUGUGGACCAUCACGACCCUUCACCAUCCGGAUUAUAGACAACGUGGGCCGUGAGGUGAUAACGCUGCAGAGGCCUCUCCGCUGUUCUUCGUGCUGCUGUCCCUGCUGUUUGCAGGAGGUGGAAGUUCAGGCGCCUCCGGGAACAAGAGUUGGUUAUGUUGUCCAGAACUGGCAUCCCUGCCUGCCAAAGUUUACCAUUCAAGAUGAGAAAGGAAUGGAUAUACUGAAAAUUACUGGCCCAUGUGUUGUCUGCAGCUGUUUUGAGGAUGUUAAUUUUGAGGUGAAAUCUCUGGAUGAGACUUGUACUGUUGGGAGGAUUUCUAAGCAUUGGACUGGGUUUGUGAAAGAAGCCUUUACAGAUGCAGAUAACUUUGGAAUCACAUUCCCAAUGGACCUUGAUGUGAAAAUGAAAGCUGUUAUGAUUGGAGCUUGCUUCCUUAUUGACUUCAUGUUUUUUGAGCAUGGUGCUGAUAAGAAACAGCAAGUGGGAGUUUGGUGAUGAAAUCUAGAAGUUUUAUAUAGAAGAAAGAAGAACCUGGAAGUCCCAAGUUCCCAGUGAAUUGCAGAGCUCCAGUAAGAAUGUGAGAAGUGUACAUAUUACAGUUACAUUUCUAGAAGGGAAAAGCUUUAUGAUCCUCUUUUUAUUUGUUUGGUUUUUUUUUUUGUACUCUGGUGAAAUAGUUUGUAGUGUUGAAAUAAAAAUCCUUUAUCUGCACAGAUGAAUACUGUGAUUUGUAGAAAUAUAUGGCAACCUUUUUAUUCCCGAGAGAUUUGUAAUUGUAAAGUAACUACUUAUACUUUAAUUCCUAAAAUAGAGGACUACUUCUAUAUUCAAUAUUAAUGUUAGCAGUGAGCCUAAUAAAGAGAUGCUGAUCUUUUCCUGUGUA